AUGCGUUGCAUCCGCUGCCUGGAAUUGUUAUCACGGGGGCAGGGCGCAACGGCGGAGAAACAGAUGCCGGGAUCGACUUCAAGCAAAAAUCAGCUUCCAACGGCCUUUCAGCAAACCGAUCGAGGCGAGGAAGAGUACGACAUCGUGCGGCAAUUCGAGAGCGAUCGCGGGCGCAUCGUCAACUCGGCCGCCAUUCGCCGUCUGCAGCAAAAACCCAGUGUUUCCGCUGGAGCGCAACGCGGCGGUGCGCAGCCGCCUGACGCACUCGAUGGAGGUGCAGCAGUUGGGCUCCACAUCGCCAAAGAGAUUCUCAACCGCUUCAAACAGCAUCGUGGAAAUGGCCUGCCUGAUGCACGACAUCGGCAAUCCGCCGUUCGGUCACUUCGGCGAGUCGGCGAUCACGACUGGUUUGCCCAACGGCUCGAUCCCGCCAGCUGCGGCAGCGAGCCGGGCAGCCACGAUCGCUGCCAGGUGGCGACGCUGCGCCUGCAUGAGGGGGAGCGAUCUGAACCGGCUGCGCAGCCGAUCCGUCAGGAUCUCAGCCACUUCGAGGGCAAUGCCCAGGCGAUCCGCAUGGUGUACAGCCUGCUCAAGCUCAACCUGACCUACGCGCAGGUCGGCUGCAUUUUGAAAUACACCCGCCCGGCCUACUGGGCGAGCGACAUCCCCGCCAGCCACAGUUACCUGAUGAAAAAGCCCGGCUACUAUCUGGCGGAAGAGGCCUUCGUCGAUCGGCUGCGGCGCGAGCUGCACAUGGGCGAGUUCGAUCGUUUCCCGCUGACCUAUAUCAUGGAGGCCGCCGACGAUAUCUCGUACUGCGUGGCCGAUCUGGAAGACGCGGUGGAGAAGAGCAUUUUCACCGUCGAGCAGCUGUAUCAGCACCUGAUUCAGGAGUGGGGCGAGGUGGUGCCGGCGAUCUGUUCGACAAGACCGUCGCCAGCGCGUUUCGCAAGAUCGAUCGCGGCGGCGCGCGGCGCGCGCGGAAGAUCAGUUCUUCAUGUAUCUGCGGGUGUUUACCGUGGCGCGGCUGGUGCCGCACGCGGCGCAGCGCUUUAUCGACAAUCUGGACUCGGUCUAUCAGGGCAGUUUCAAUCAGGCGCUGCUGGGGACUCCAGCCCGGCGUACCGGCUGCUGAAAAUAUUUAAAAAUGUGGCGUUCAAGCACGUGUUCAACCACCGGAGGUCGAGCAACUUGAGCUGCAAGGCUACCGGGUGA